GGAACCCCACCCCACCCCCCACCCCCUCUCGCCGCGCCACGCGCGAAUCCGCCGCCUCGCCGGCCGCAGUAGCCACGGCGGCGCGUUCCCCCGCGGUUUGGAGAUGUCUUACGCCUACCUCUUCAAGUACAUCAUCAUCGGGGACACAGGGGUGGGAAAGUCGUGCCUGCUGCUGCAGUUCACCGACAAGCGGUUCCAGCCCGUCCAUGACCUCACCAUCGGCGUCGAGUUCGGCGCCCGGAUGAUCGCCGUCGACAACAAGCCCAUCAAGCUCCAGAUUUGGGACACGGCUGGCCAGGAGUCAUUCAGAUCGAUAACUAGAUCAUACUACAGAGGGGCUGCAGGUGCUCUUUUGGUUUAUGACAUCACAAGGAGGGAGACAUUCAAUCAUCUUGCGAGCUGGCUGGAAGAUGCAAGGCAACACGCAAAUGCUAACAUGGCAAUAAUGCUUGUUGGAAAUAAAUGUGAUCUGUCUCAUAGGCGCGCUGUGAGCUAUGAGGAAGGUGAGCAGUUUGCAAAGGAGCAUGGUCUGAUAUUUAUGGAAGCAUCUGCAAAAACCGCACAAAAUGUUGAGGAGGCUUUUAUCAAGACUGCUGGAACAAUAUACAAGAAAAUUCAAGAUGGUGUCUUUGAUUUAUCAAAUGAGGCUAAUGGAAUCAAACUUGGCUUCACGACCCCUGGCCAAUCUGGAAGUGCUGGUUCCUCGUCUUCUCAAGGGGGUGGCUGCUGCAGUUAGCGAAACCAGGGCGUCUGUCGUGUGUCACAUACCCAAUCUUCUUUUUGUUGAGUGGAAAAUAGUCGCUGCAGUGUUCCGUUGUUUUUAGAUAACGCCAAAAGAUUCAAUUAGAUUCGGUUUACUUGUCAGCUGUGCAUAAACCCUAGUCUCAAUCUUUUCCUGUUUCAUGCCACUCGACAACUAGGAGUUCUUGUUGGUUGCAUGUGUAAUUACAAUAGCAAUGCAUGGUUUGAAUAUCUGAUAGUUUGAUCCGGUUGUUUUUAAUCACCUA